GAGGACGAGGACAAGGACGAGGACAGAGAGGAGGACGAGGAGGAGUGAAAUGAGACGUUCUUCUUCUUUAAGUGUGGAACCAUGAGACAAGCUAUGGAGGACGAUGUCAGCGAGGUGCUGUCCGGUGUGGUGGAGGACGUCGGUCGAGCUGUCCACAGAAACGUUAGCGGAGCUCAGCUUCUGCAGGAACUGCUCAAUGCGCCGUGGCUGCACGCUCUGCUGAAGAUUCAUGAGUGCCUGGUGCAGUUCCAGAGGCUGACGCCGAGCCCCAUCCUGCCCCAUGCAUCAGGACUCUCACAUGAGAUCAUGUCUGUCAUACAGGAGGUCCCCCAUCCCUCAGCUGAAGCCCGAGAGCUCCACAGCCUCCUCAGCUCACCACACAUCCAGGCCCUGCUAUCGUCCCACGACAGUAUAGUCCAUAUAGACCAUGGACCAGUUUUACCGCCUCUGCCUGAUGAGAUGCCUGAAGGCGAGGAGGCCGCGAGGAUCGUCUGUGUGGUGAAGAACAAGCAGCCGCUGAAUAAAGAAGUGUGCAGAGGAGUUGUAGGACCUGGAGAUGGAGCGAUUCGUACUCGUUGGAGCAGCCUUCGGCGCCUCACACUGCAGCGCCUCGUCCCCGUGAGGAGGGCAUGGUCUGGGGAGGAGCUCAGGCCUCUGCCCCUCCCCAGAGGAAGACAGUCCCGCCCCUUUCUGCCUCACUACGAAUCAACAGGAACCUCCUCUUUGUGUCCAUACACCGCAGAGCUUUGGAAGAAAGGGCUCAACAAAUCAGCUCCCUCCGUCUGUAGCUCCACCCCCAGCAAGGGUUCAUUUUCAGAGAAACCCAAACACAGCAAAGGAGAAGGUGCCUGUACUGAUGUGGGCAGUGAUGACUAUGCCUACCCUCCUCCUCCAGUCCCAGCUUACAGCCUUCCCAACACCCCUGCCAUGUACAAAAAGGGGGCUACAGGGGGACACUCAAGGAACGUCCCUACACCAGGCAGAACCUCUUCUUUCACUGGGAUGAACUCUCUUAGAGCCCAUACAGCACCUUCUAGUCCUGCAGUUCAUCGCUCCACUCAGCAGCAGGGGGUUAACACUCUCCCCACACCUGGCAGGCAACAUCGGUAUCAAACUGGAUCUCAUAGCAAACACCAAGCAGAGCUCCAAAAUCGCCCUGUGAUCCAGACUGCUCCUUGUCACAAAGGACACCAGAACCAACCACAACGGACACAAAAUGAGCAGCGCCAACCAAAACUCCAUCAACAUCAACAUCCUGUUGAGUUCACCAAACAGCGCCGCAUGGAUGAGCUCAGGUCCACUGUCCAGACAGUGUCCAGCAGCAUCAAGCACAGCAGUCAAGACGUCCACCGUCUUGGCCACAAGAUGAUGGCAGGGACAGAGAUGAUCACAGACAACGUGGAAGACAACGCCCAGGCCCUCAACCUGCUGACUGAGGUGGUUGACAAGCUCCAGGGGCUCAUUGUGGCCAGCAAACAACCCAAGCCGUCACCUUCAUGCAGGCCGACACAGCACGCCCCUCCCCCACCUCCUCCAAGGGUCUCAACAGUGGUCCGCAAACCUCCUACACCCUACCCAUGCCGCCUCUCAUCGUCCCCUUCUUCUGGCUCUUCCUCACCUUCAUCUGUCAGUUCUUGUGCAGACGGCUUUGCAACAUCUCGGAGUCCGAAACAAAUGAACGGAGGCUCGAAGAAGAAGGUGGUGACCUUUGUUGGCACCCACAAGGCAGGUGGCAAUGGUAGUAAUGGACAGGUGAGGCUCAACAAUGGAUCCAUUUCUACAGCACCUCUGGAGGACCAACAAGACUGUAACACCACCGGCUGCUUGACAACCAAGAAGAAGAAAAAGAAGAAGAAUUAGACCAAAACAGAUCAGACCGGUCCUCGUCUACUCUGACCAUGAAAACAGACACUGACUUAAAGACCUCUACUUCAACCUUUUUAAUAGAGUUAGAUCUUAUAAAACU